AUGACCGAAAAGUCUCCAGCAGUGGCUACUUCCAAACAGUCAUCCAUUGUCGAAGUAGAUCUAGCAGACUUGACGUGGGAAAGUUUUCAAACAUCAGAGAAUGUUCGCGAUGGUUGCUUGGUUGGUGAUCAUCAGGAGCCAUGUCAAGAUGUUGAAACUGCGACCACGCAGCAGCCGUUCCACGUGCUGGUCUCGUCUCGCCCUCCGUACAAACUGGCCUUCACGGACGGAGAAAAGGCCGACGCUACCAGGAGGAGGAGGAUGUUGAAUGGAUAUGUUCAAGAGUGUUUCAUUGCAGACAGUGUUUAUGAAACAGAAUGUGACAGUGAGCUGGAAUGGGACAACUAUUUCACCACAUACACCGACGAUUUUGAUGCCGAGACAAUUUCUACAGCAGCAGAGAUACACGGCAAGAGCAAGAAUUCUGCGUCGAGACAAAAAGGCCAUCAUCCUUCCAUUGUCAGUCCUAUGUACCUUACGCUCCCACCCCCUGAGCUCAUCUACCUUGAGUUGUUAAAGAUGGACAGACAAUCUCCUGUGUUGCAAAAUUCUUCGUCCGUGUCCGACAUGUGCUCGGGAACGUUCGGCCAACAUACGCCUUCCAUCGGAGGCACGUCGUCUGCAAUCGGCAACACUUCGUCACAAAUCGUACAGCCAGUUCGUGACGAUAUCGUAACAACCCAAAAGUGCUACUCGCACGUACGCCAAAGGUCUGGGGACAUCCAGAAACAGGAAAUUGGAAGCCAAGAAAGCGUUAACGCAGACGACAACGCGUGUGAAGACAACGAACCACCGUCACAAGAAACCGUCACAGGGAGGCGCGACGGGACCGGUUUCUCUCUUCAAAAUGUGGCUGUUCAAACGAGCACAGACCUGACAGGCCGUUUGGUGUACAAGCUCACCUGUUACACAGUCAAGACAACGAAGAAAGUUGUACGCCUCCUCUGGUGGUUAGGAUGACCACGGAUAUCGACAGGGGCAAGGUCAAUGUCACCAUGGAAUUCAUCGGAUCGAGAGAUCAAUAUGCUGAAGUCCUC